GGAGCGCGGUGCAAAAGGCUGGCUGGGGGCAGCUGGGUGGGGAGGUGCGCGGUAGCAUCUGCUUUUGCAAGGGGGCUCUUUGGGGUUUGUCUGAGCGAGUUCCAACAUGAGUAACCAAGCGAUCAGCUUCCUUAAGGAUUUCCUGGCUGGCGGAGUCGCUGCCGCUAUUUCCAAGACAGCUGUCGCUCCCAUAGAAAGAGUUAAGUUGCUGCUGCAGGUCCAGCAUGCCAGUCAACAGAUCACAGCUGAGAAGCAGUACAAGGGGAUCAUAGACUGCGUGGUGAGGAUCCCCAAGGAACAGGGCAUCAUUUCCUUCUGGAGAGGCAACCUGGCCAAUGUCAUCCGUUACUUCCCCACCCAGGCCCUCAACUUUGCCUUUAAGGACAAGUACAAGCAGAUCUUCUUGGGAGGAGUAGACAGGCACAAGCAGUUUUGGCGCUACUUCGCAGGGAACUUGGCCUCUGGAGGUGCUGCGGGAGCCACCUCCCUCUGCUUCGUUUACCCUCUGGAUUUUGCCAGAACCAGGCUGGCUGCCGAUGUGGGUAAAGGGCUGAGUGAGAGGCAGUUCACAGGGCUAGGCAACUGCAUUGCCAAGAUCUUCAAAUCUGAUGGCCUCAGAGGGCUCUACCAAGGAUUCAAUGUGUCAGUCCAGGGCAUCAUUAUCUACAGAGCAGCCUAUUUUGGGGUCUAUGACACAGCCAAGGGUAUGAUGCCUGAUCCCAAGAAUGUGCACAUCGUAGUGAGUUGGAUGAUUGCCCAGUCAGUCACUGCUGUAGCAGGGCUGGUAUCCUACCCUUUUGACACUGUCCGACGUAGGAUGAUGAUGCAGUCUGGCCGAAAGGGAGCUGAUAUUAUGUACAAGGGCACAAUUGAUUGUUGGAAGAAGAUAGCUAAAGAUGAAGGAGCCAAAGCUUUCUUCAAAGGCGCCUGGUCCAAUGUGUUGAGAGGCAUGGGUGGUGCUUUUGUAUUAGUAUUGUAUGAUGAGAUCAAGAAAUUUGUCUAAAGUAAAUAAAACUAUUCUCUUCAGUUGUGUAAUAUACUACUUGUGCUUUAAUGGACAACAAAAUAUUUCCUGGGGACAUGAAGAUGGCUGUCAUGGGGAAAAUCCAGUUCAGAGAAGGAUGCAUAAUUGUUUUAAUGGUUGUCCAUUGGAUCAUAGUUAAAUUUUGAAUGAAAAGUCCUCAGAUACUUAUAUUGGAACCUGUGUAUAUAUUAAAUAUCUGCACAAUAUCACUAA